CACACACCGACACCAGCUUCUACUGUUCACACGGAGAUGGGUUCCAUGCUUGGCUUAUCAAUCCUUCUGGAGGGUCUUCUUUCCUUUUCCGUAGUCUGUGCGGAUAGUCAUAGACUAAACUACUGCUUUACAACCAUCUGGUCCCCAAAAGGGUCAACCCCACCACAAACCCAAAUAAUUGGCUCUUUGGACGAUGUUCCGAUUUUGAAAUACAUCAACAGUGAAAGAAAACUGCAACGUCUCGCUGAUUGGCUGGGGAAAGUUAAUCCUAGAAACUGGGAAUAUCUGGAGGAAAUUGCAAAGUACUACGAACAGAGGCAUCAUCAUACAAUACAGCGUCUGAGCCCAUCGCAAAAUUAUACAGAUCUAUAUGUCUAUCAAGUGAAAUUUGGUUGCUGGAUUUAUGAGGAUAACUCUACGGGUGGGGAAGAAGAGUUUGGUGCUCAUGGUAGAGAUUUUAUCUUUUUGGACAACGAGAAGAGGGAGUUUAUGGCGUCUGUGGACGAGGCAGCGGCUUUAGCAUUAGCCAAGGAAUGGAACAGAAGACCGAACAGUGUCAGAAGACAAUUCCAUUAUAAAGACAUGGCGUGUGUUCAGUGGAUCUGGGAUUAUCUAGACAUGAAAAGUGAUGAUUUUCAAAAAAACGUGCGUCCAGAGGUGAAGGUGUGGGGCCGUCGUCAGUCGGAUGAUGUGACCAGACUUUAUUGCCUGGUGUACGGGUUUCACCCACGACAUGUGGAUGUGAAGUGGGUGAGGAAUGGGGAGGACCAUAUUCCUUCAUAUGAAAUGACUCCAGUUCUCCCCCAUCCUGAUGGCACCUAUCAGAUCAGAGUCAGUGUGAAAGUGCCAACAAGGGAGGGAGACUCUUACUCCUGUCAUGUGGAGCACAGCAGUCUGGAGGAUGUUUUCACCGUGAAACUGGAUGCUGAACAUAUUUCAUAUACAGAAAAGAGAAGAACAUUUACCUUGAUUCUUUUGCCCAUCGCUGCUGUUCCUUUUUUGGCAGUCUUCAUUGUACAUAUAAAGAAAUCAGGCCGCAAAAACAAGGCAAUCACCGAACCAGACUGAUGAUGGCGCUAAACAAAUCUCUUCAACCACCAUUUUGUUUUACUUUUGGUUAAGUGUGAGUGUUGUUGUAUUUGUUGAUGCUGUGUGUAUUA